AUGCCCUCUCCUCCCCGCAUCGCCAUCAUCGGCGCCGGCCCCGCAGGCUGCACCCUCGCCCGCAUCCUCCUCUCCCACUCCAUCCCCUCGACAAUCUUCGAAGGCGAAGCUUCCCUCUCCGUCCGCGCCCAAGGCGGCACCCUCGACCUGCACCCCUCCACUGGGCAAGCAGCGCUGAAAGAGUGCGGGAUAUGGUCCGAUUUCCUGAAAUACGCGCGCUAUGAUGGCGAGGCGCUGAAGGUUGUGGAUAAGAAUUUGGUGGUGUAUUUGGGGAUGCCAGGCGCGAAGGCGGAUGAGGGUGGCUGGUUCGGGGGCAGUAGGGGGAGACCGGAGAUUGAUAGGGUGAGGUUGAGGCAGAUUUUGGUGGAGAGUUUGCCUGAGGGGGUUAUACGGUGGGGGAAGAGGGUUCGCGGGUUUGAUGCGGAGAAGAUGGAGUUGACGUUUGAUGAUGGGGUGGAGGGGGGCUGGGGUUUGGUGGUGGGUGCGGAUGGGGCGUGGAGCAAGAUUCGUCCGGCGCUGAGUGAGGUGAAGCCGUAUUAUGUGGGCUUGGGGGGCUUUGAUAUGGUGGUGCCGAAUGCGCGCGAGACGUGUCCGGAGCUUGCGGAGUUUGUGAACAGGGGGACGGUGUUUGGGUAUUCGGACGGGAAGACGUUGAUGGCACAGCAGAGGGGGGAUGAGAGUUUGAUUAUCUAUGCGUGGGGAGCGAGGGAUGAGAAGUGGAUGGAGGAGUGUGGAUUCGAUGUUAAGAAUGCGAAGCAGGUGAAAGAGUAUCUGGAGGGGGAGUAUAAAGAGUGGAAGGAUCCGUUGAAAAAGGCGCUACAGGUCGCGAGAGAUGAUGAGAUCGUAGCCAGGUGUAUGUAUCAGCUUCCUGUUGACCAUCGUUGGGAGGGCAGGCACGGCGUUACACUUGUUGGGGAUGCGGCGCAUUUAUUGACGCCGUUUGCGGGGGAGGGCGUGAAUUUGGCGAUGGAGGAUUCGAUGAAGUUGGCCUAUGCAAUCAUUGAUAGUACAAAAGCGGGAGAUUCAUCGGACAAGCUUCAAGAGAGGAUUCGCAAGUUUGAGCUGGACAUGUUUGCGAGGUCGGCACCGAUCAGUGCCUUAUCGAAGCGGCAGAUGGAGACAAUGUUUUUCACCGAAGGAGCGCCGUUCACGACUAUCCAUGACUGGGUCUGUCAGGCUCUUGGGGGGCUUCGUUCGAUGCAUGGUGGUUCAGACUCUUGGUACCUCGGCGGCUCAUACGGGUGUUGUUACGGACAGUAUAUUGGUGGUGAAGUCUGUGCUGCAUAG